AUGUUUGAUAAAAAAUAAAGCAUGCAAGUAGCUGAUUUAAAUAUCAAUACUUUUGCAUCUAAAUCCGCAUUGUCGAAUGUAAUUUCCCUUUUCAUGAUCCUUUGUCUCAUUGCAAAUUCUACAGAAAAAAUUGUAAUAUACGAGGGUCUUUUUGGCUAAUCAUCAGAUAGUAAUAAAUAAAAUUAUAUUAUAAUUUAGCCUGGAAUGCAUGUAAUAAUCAAAAUAAUUGUCAGGAAUUAUUUACAGAAAAAAAUUGUGAGUCUUAUUAAGCAAUAAUCAUAAACAAAAAUUAAUUUUAUAAUCACUUACUUUACAAAACUUUUGAGCUCAAGUCUCAUUAUGAGCUAACAUUAGAAUUAAAAUUUUUGAGGUAAUCAUAUUCUUUAUUUUAUAAGACCAAAUAAUAAUAAUCAAUUUGAAUUUAUUAUUUAUAUAGAUAAUAAAAAUGAACACUAAGAGAUUUAUUUAAAUUCAAAUACAUCAUCUAUUAGCAAUUGCAACUAUUAUAGCAUCCUAUAUCUCAUUUUUCCUAUUUCUAUUACAAUUUAACAUUCAAGUUCUUCAGUCACGAUUGCUAUGAUAGCUCAAAAUCAUAAUUGGGGAAUAACACAAUUCAAAUUAUCAAUAAAUGAAUGUUCAAUAGGAUGUAAUUCCUGUCAUUCAUUUGGAUGUUUUGAUUAAGAAUUGUAACUUUUUUAUUUAAAAGAGUUCUCUAUUAUUACUCCAAAAGAAGGAUGGUAAUAUGGAACUAAUAAUGCUUAAAACUGCUUAGGUACAUAACAUAUUAUUAUUAAAGGAUUUAAUUACAUAGUUACUUCUGGAAAUUUUUUGUUCUAAGUCUUUGAGUUAGAUUAACAUUAUGCCAUAAGUAUUUAAUUGAAACUUUUAAUUUUUAAUUCUUAAUCAUCUAAAAUUUAUAUAUAUGUAGAUGAUAAUAAAGUACAAGAAAUUGAUCAUGAUUACUAAGAAAUAAAAUAAAAUCGUAAUAUUUGUAAUUAUAUUUCUAUGUAAGAAAUUUAAUUAUUUUAAUAUUAACAUUAGGUUUAAAGGUUAAAAAUUAAAAUAUAAGUUGAUCUCGUUAAAAAGGAUUCUACUCUAGAUACUUAUAUCGGGAUGAGAGAUUUUUAAUUAUUUAUUUGUAAAGUUAGUGAUGUAUGCAUGGAUAAAAAUUUGAUUCCUUUUGAUGGAUGUUUUUCGGAUAAUUAUGAUUGCAUAGAAGGUUGUGGAAAUUGUAUUAAAGGGAUCUGCUAUGAUUGUUUAAUUGGUUGGUAAUAUUAAGAACAAAUAAAAUCUUGUAUUCCUAAAUGCGGAGAUUAGCUCAUCGUUUAUGAUGAAGAAUGUGAUGACGAUAAUUAAUUAGCCUAUGAUGGAUGUUAUUAAUGCAAAUAUUCAUGCCCUAAAAAUUGUAGGGAAUGUUAAUUUGGAAAAUGUUUAAAUUGUGAUACUUUAUAUCUACUUUUAAAUGGUUAAUGUAUACAUAUUCAGAAUAAUAUUCAUAAAGAUUAUAUGGAAGAAAACAAAAAUUGCUUAGAUUUAUAUAUAAUUUAAAGAUAUUAAUAAAUAAUACCCUUUUAGAACCAAUUCCAAAGAAUAUAUGAUGAUAAUAAUGUUUUUUCCUUUUGUCAUUUUUAUUUGAAUCUUAACAAAGUUAUUGGUUAUUAAGAUUAUCAAUUAAAGUUUUAGUAAGUAAAUUAUUGCAAAGUUGGAUAAUUUGGAAAAUGUAAGGAAUGCCAAGAUGGAUAUGAAUUAGAUUUUUAUAAAAAAUAUUGUAUUCCUAAAUGUUAAGAUGGGAUUUUAUAAUCAGAAGAAAUCUGUGAUGAUGAGAAUAGAAGUUAAUUUGAUGGUUGUUAUAAAUGUUAGCAAAGCUGUUAAAUAGAAUGUUUAUUUUGCUCUUAUAAUAUGUGUUUUAUGUGUUAGGAAGGAUGGUAGCUGAAGGAUUAUGAAUGUAAAUAGAUUUGUGGAGAUGGAUUACUGGCUAUUUUAUCUAAUGAAUAGUGUGAUGAUCCUGGAGAUUCUAAUUGUGCUGAUUGUAAAUAUUAAUGCGAUCAUAAUUGUUUGCUUUGUGACAAAUUCUAAAAUUGUGAAUAUUGCUUCUACCCUCUUAAGAUUAAGGAUGGGAAAUGUUAACCAAUUUGUGGAGACAAUAUUAUUACUCCCUUUUUUGAAUAAUGUGAUGAUGGUAAUGAUAUUCCUUUUGAUGGAUGUUUUGAAUGUCAAUACUAAUGUUCUAUUGGAUGUAUUUAAUGUGAAAAGGAUGAUAAUUGUUUAAAAUGUGAAGAUAAAUAUUAUAUUUUAAACACUGAUAAUUAUAAAUGCGAUGAGAUAAAAUAUAUUAUUAAUUCAGAACCAAUUAUUAAUUCAGAACCUAAUUAGGAAUAAAAUGUUGUAUAAUGUAAUGAGAAUUAUGAAUUUAUCGGUAAUUAAUGUAUUAAUAAAUGUGGUAAUGGAAUGCUUAACAGUAAUUUUGAAUAGUGUGAUGAUGGAAAUAAUGAUGGAGGAGAUGGAUGUUCUGCUUUAUGUUUUGAAGAAUUUUCUUUUAAAUGUAUUAAUCAAGAAAAGUCUUUAAGUUUUUGCACUUAUAUUUAAGUACCAAACUUCAAUGUAAUUUUACUUUCCGAAAAAACUCAAAAAAAUAAAAUACUUGAACUAAUAUUUUCUUAAGAAGUAUAUAUAAAUGAAGAAAACCUUUUUGAAAAUAUUGUAGAAUUUAUGAUAAUCCCAUCAGCUAAAUUUGAAUUAAAAUUAGUUCCUUUAAUCAACAUAACUACUUAGCUAAGUAAUCCUAAAUAUGAAAUUAAUAUUUAAUUUUUGGAACCUGUUGUAGAGCCAAUUUUAUAAAUUAAUAUACAGAAAUUCUAUAUUUUUAACCAUUAUGAUUUGGACCUAAGUACUAAUUCUAAAUAAAUAAAUCUUGGAACACCUUUUGUAUUAUAAAAAGAAACAUAGUAAAAAGUAGUUUAAGUUAUCCAAAUGAACGAAGCUGUAGUCUAUUCAACAGCUGGAAUUGCUGGGAUUCUGUUAUUAACAGGCAACUACGUUGUAUUUUUCAACUAAUUAGACUUACUAUAAUCACUAUCUUACAUUAAGUAUAUAUAAUAUAGAUUUCCUCCACAUUUACGUUAGUUCCUCGAAACGUAUACCAAAAUCUCCUUAUAACCAAUUUUAGAUUAUUUAGAAGUUGAUAAAAUUAUUGCUAAACUCAAUGGAGGUACUCUUCCAUUCAUAGGUAAGAAAUCCAAAUAAUCCAAAUAAGUAGAUACUUUGAAUUAAUUUUAUUUAAUUAAUGCUAAAGGAUGUUACUUUUCUUAUUUAAUAUCAUUACUAACCUAUUUUAUCUGUGUUUUAAUAUCUUCAAUUAAAGUUUCUUAAUGGUUGGGAAGAUUUUUUGAAAAGAACCAGGAUAAUAUAAAGAUUCUAGGCUUAAUCUAAAUUUUUUAAAAGAAAAUCCAAUGGAAAUGUGCCGAAGUGAAAAAGUAUUAUUUUUCAUUAGGAGUUUAUUAACUUUUUUAUUCAUCACUUCAUUAAUUAGUAUUUAGUACUUUAUUAUAAUUUCCGUCUUAUACUUUUAAUUCUAUUUUUGAGAUAAGUAAUAGUAUUGUUGCAUUAGCAAGUUUAUUAUUUCUCAUUUAAAUAUUGUUGAGAUUACUCACUAUCACUACUUCAAAAAUUAAGGAUAAAUAAAAAUGGAAGUAUUUUUUUUUAGAUUUCAAGACCACAUUUUGGUCAGGUAACUUCAAACCAUUCCAAAUAUAUAGAACUGUUUUUUAUAUUACCAUUAUUGUUCAAUUAAUUGAAUAUCCUGAAGCAUAAUCAAUUUUACUUUCAAUGCAAUCAUUGUUUUAUUUAAUUUAUUUGAUUUAUUUUAGACCUUAGAAAUCUAAUUUUGAUUUAGCUAAAUUGCUGUGUAGAGAAGUUGUAUUUUUGAUAAUUACAGGAUCAUUUUUAGUCUACAGUUAAGAAUUUAACGAGAAUAAAUUUUUGGUUUAUGGAUGGUUACAUAUAGGUCUAUUUUGUUUCAUAAUAGGCUUUACUUUAACAGUUGACAUUUUAUAAUAAGGUAUUUAGGCAUAUAAAUUACGUUAAAAAAAUAAAAGAAAGUAAGAAAUAAUACAAAUUAAGUAAUACUAUGAUAAUCCAUUAUAAAGAUACAUAAUGGGAAAACCAAUAUAAAAUUGA